AAUGAUUAUUUUACCUUUUUAAAUGGCACUUUUCAUGUCAAUGGCGGUUUGGCAUAGAGUUUUAAGUAAAACUUGUUUGGACGCCAACGGCAAAGCAAACUUCAAAAUUUUAUAUCCACACAAUCACACUCGACACCUUGAUAAAUUAUUAAAUAAAUGGGUAUGUAAAACUAUGUCAGCAGUAAACCGCCAUGCCGUUUUAAAAACUUGUCGGCACUCGGAAGUCACACAGCUCGCGCAUCCGUCCUCUCACUCCUCUCCUCUAUCCAGGCAUCCAGCACCAGCACAUAUUAUAAAACAUAAUAUACAUAAUGUGUUAAAAGCAUUUAACCGUUUCUCAUUGGUGCAACAACUUACUGCACCACCUCACCGUUGCUCGGCAGGAUUGCGAAACAUGCGUAUCAUGAGUUGCUACGACGUCUUGCCAACAUACCUAUUUAUCAUGGUCGACAGUCCGUUGUUCUGUGGUUGUGGUCACAUAAAUACCGUAUGGUAUAAAUGGUUUACCACGUCAUGGUAUAUUCACAGAUUACAUAAAACUAAAAAUUAUAUAUGUUUUAUAUAAUCUGUGGAAUAUUCUAGUAGCAAUUUAGGCGAAACGUCA